GCCACGUUGUAACGAAAGCUUGCCGUACCAGGAGAGUGAACUGAGUGGCGUUGUCGGACGCGGAUCCACCGCCGUCUCCGAGCGUCGAUGCCUGUCUCCGUCGGCAGCGUCAUGGUCUCUGCCGCGUUCGCGGUAAAGGCUCGUUGUCGUGACUGAAACAUGCAACUUCGCUCGUCGUCACGAUACCGACGGUGGGCAGAUCUCCGAACGUUAGUCACAACAUAGUCUUGACGGGAGAAUCCACCAUACAAAGUUCAAGAUAAAAGCACCACGCCCUACCCGCGUGACAAAAAGGGAGACGCGAAACCCACGCGUUUUAUCGAAAGUUUGUAUGGAAAAUAUCGAAAAACCGACGACUUGCCGCCAGCAGUCAGUUUUUGUUUUCCUGACCUUCUGCCGGCAACCACAGCGACGACGACGAUGAUGAAAGCGCUGGGUGUGUGGGCGUUGGCGGCCUCCAGUGCGUCUGCCGUGUACUGGAAUCAGUCGGCGGGGUACUCGAUCAAGGUCGACUUCAAAGGUUGGUCCAACUUUUCGCCAUUGAACGGUGGAUGCGUCACUUGCCCAUACACAUGCGUGCGGCCAUCGACUGGCCCGGACGGUCUUGCGCUUAACUUUUCCAACGCGUCGUCGAUUCAGAACCUCCCAUCGGUGUACUCGACACCCGUCGCAAACGGAUGUUGUUAUGCCAAGGGCAAGGUCAUGCCGAGCUGCAACAACCAAGCGAGCCCUCCCGAGAAGGAAGAUUGCGGCUUUUUGUACGGCCCGACUUUGCAAUGGAACAUUACAGACACUCGCAACCCACCUCCCACCAAGUCUCCCUUGCGAGCGAUCUUGAUGGCAUCUACCGACUGCAAGAACUUUUGGGCAGUCCAGCAGACAUACAUCAAGCAAGAAGGAAAAACCACGGGACUCAAAGUCACUGGGUCCAAGCAGAUCAACGGUGGAUGCUACGGCUCGAGCACAGGUUCGGCCAUCAUUUUGGCCGGUUGCCUCACGACCGACCUCAAGUUUGAUAAGUCAGCUGGUUACAGUUGGGACAAGUUGGCCGUCAAAUGCCGCGGUCUGUCUGGAAUGUGCACCCGAACGAACGCCUUGUGGGGUCGGAACUUGGAAUGUUGUACGGACCCGCUGUCGAUCGAUGCAGCGCAAUGGGACCUCAAGUACAAGCUGUACACUGUGCCGAUGAACGUUGGCAUUGAAUUGUCUGGCCCUGUGAUCACGGGGAUCGUAUUUGGUGGUGUCGCCCUCUUGAUGAUGGCCGUGCAUUUUGGCUCGAAGAUCCAUCAACGUGCCAAGCAAACUGCGCUGAUGCGAGAGCAAGAACUAACGGACGACUACGAAGAAGUGAUGACGCCUCUAACGGGCGGCGAAAAAGCCGCCACGACCAACAAAUCGAUGGCACGGUCUGUGGGGCCUUCGCACGUAGAGCAUUCGCUCCACGAAGGAGACCAAAUCUACAAGAAGAAGGACGACGAAGUGCUGUUUGAAGGCGACUUGUACUAGGCAAGAGCGCGGCCAGUCGUAUUGCGGACGUCGAACAUCAUCGGAUAAUAUUAUAAUGGAAGAGCUGUGAAUUUCUGC